UGCAAUAGGCACUCCACUUGCUUCAGUGAACGACACAGACAGCAUUGAGGAAACAGCUUCUGAAAACAGAAAGAUUUUCAAAUCAUCAACUGUCAGAACAGCAAUGGAUACUUCUGCUUGCUCUUCUAAUGCUACCAUUUGUAAUGGUACAUCCUGUGUUUUGCAUGAGAAGAAUCCCAACGAAACUCUAAGUGUCAUCCUGAGUACUGUUAUUACUAUUAUGUUAGCCUUAGUGAUGUUUUCCAUGGGUUGCAAUGUGGACCUUCCAAAAUUCAUCUCUCACAUAAAAAAACCAUGGGGCAUAUUUGUGGGCUUCCUUUGUCAGUUUGGAAUCAUGCCCCUUACAGGCUUUCUCCUCUCCGUGGCCUUUGACAUCCUUCCUAUCCAAGCUGUUGCAGUGCUCAUCAUAGGCUGUUGUCCAGGAGGAACAGCUUCCAAUAUUUUGACUUAUUGGAGUGAUGGUGACAUGGACCUGAGUAUCAGCAUGACAACAUGUUCCACAAUGCUUGCCUUGGGAAUGAUGCCUCUUUGUCUCUAUAUUUAUACAAAAAUGUGGACAGAUUCUGGGUCAAUUAGAAUUCCUUAUGAUAGUUUAGGUAUUUCUUUAGUUGCUCUCGUUAUUCCCAUCUCUGUAGGAAUAGUUGUCAAACAAAAAUGGCCAAAGAAAGCUCAGAUCAUACUUAAGAUUGGUUCCAUUACAGGUUUAAUUCUCAUAGUGGUCAUAGCUGUGACUGGAGGUAUAUUGUACCAGGGUUCCUGGAUCAUUCGUCCUAAAUUGUGGAUUAUAGGAACUAUGUUUCCUUUAAUUGGUUAUUCAAUGGGCUUCUUCCUGGCUUGGAUAGCUGGUCAGAACUGGCAGAGAUGUCGUACAGUGUCUUUGGAAACAGGAAUGCAGAACACUCAGCUGUGUUCAACGAUAAUACAACUGUCCUUCAGCAUUGAAGAGCUUAAUCACAUUUUUACCUUUCCUCUCAUCUACAGUAUUUUCCAGCUUGGGAUGGCAGGAAUACUCGUAGGAACUUAUGUCUUAUACAAGAAAUGUGCUGACAAAAAUAAUGUAAAAUUUGUAGAGAGUGACAACAAUAAUACAGAAUCUGAUCCACCCAUUGGUAUUCAGAAUGGAGUAUUUUCUCUGCACGAGGACUAGGCUUCAAUGGAAACUGAAGAUCUCCAAGGAGGAUACUUUUUUUUUAAAAAGUAUUUG